CAAUGACGACGUCGUGAAUCAAAAGUAUUUGAAAACACAACCACGUGAAUUGUUUAUAAAAAUCAUCAAUAAGCAUAGAUAUUAUAGAAAUGUAAAAAAAUACUUAGAAAAAGGAAUAUUGUUAAAUCAUGGGAUGUUUUGAAUCUAAAGGACAUAGAAUAUUUGACUUUAAGAAAAAGUCUUUCAAAAAUGAACAAAAUGGGAAUAUACCACCUAGUUUAACAGAAAAAGAAAGAGUUAUUUUAGUGACAUCGUGGCAAAGAUUAAGAACUGAUGUGGAGAAAGUGGGAGUAGUUACAUUCAUGAAAUUAUUUGAUAGCCACCCAGAAGUACAAGAUGCAUUCCUUCCUUUUCAACAGCUCAGCAAAAAAGAUAUGGAACAAAGUGCAAUAUUACGAUCACAUGCUUUACGUGUAAUGGGAACUGUCGAUAAAUGUGUAUCACGUUUAGAUACACCUGAUAAAUUCAAAGAAUUAAUGACCAAUCUAGGCCAACGACACCUUAAUUACAAUGUAAACGAAGAAUUUAUAGAGAUGGUAGGACAACAGUUUCUCUACGCUAUACAGCCACAUCUGGAGGAUAUAUGGUCAGAAGAGGUACAACUCGCCUGGUCACAUCUUUUCAAGUAUAUGACAUAUUACAUGAGACAGGGCCUCCGUGGCUCAACGACGAUCCAGUAUUAAGAAAGCAUUGCAUGAAAGUGUGUUAUUGAUAAAUAUGCAGCAAUGAUAAUUUCAGUAUCGGAACAAUAAUAAUGAAUACAAGGUAUACGUUCAAAGCAAAACAGACUGCUACCAUGUACUUAUGUUUGUUUUGAAAUGUAAUAUUAUCAAUUCAAAAUGGGUUUCACUGAAUCAAAAUGCAACUGCCGUUAUAACGUCUCAUGUGAGAAGCACAUGUAUAUAUUAGUGAUAUUAAAGGGAUAUUAGGGAUGGUUCGUUUGAUCAAAUCGUUCAUUUUACGUAACAUCAUUCAAAUUCAAAUGAGCAAGAACCAACAACGCCAAAAUUGAGACUGAGCAAAACGAACCCCUAAAUGAUAACUCAUUACGUUUUCAUAGCGAUAUCAAUUUUGACAUACGUUGUUUAUUAUGGAAAUAUUUGAUUCAUGUCAUUGUAGUAAAUCAUUUCACUAUCAUCAAUCAACGAAAGCGCAAGUGUCCUUAUUUGUUAAACAUCAUGUGAAACAAAAUAUAUGCACUGUACUAUUAUAGUUUGUUCAACCAUUAUAUGUAAAGUGUUGUUUUUGUGAAAAUUCUAUUAGAUUGAAUCGAUUUUUGUUUUAUAAUUUUCGUGCUCAUUCCUUGAUAUUUUCAAUACAUCCCGCGUCAAUUGCAACUACAUUUUUUUUAAA